UGCAAGUCAGAGAUAGACGGAAAAUCAGAACAUCGUCGACGUUCAGCUAACUGAUAUUUGUCAAUUUUAGUCCCACUUCCUCACGAGGAGAGUGUAGACGUGGAUUGUUCGGAGGUCGCAAAAUUUAUCGAAAUUUACGUCGUUGUGCGGAAAAAUGUCGCAAAACUCGUCGUCUGGAAAGGCCAAAACCGCUAGACAGUUGCGUGAGAGGAAGCAAAGAAAACUGUACUCGGACGACUGGGCAUUGGGCGACGAAGAUGAUAUUGAGAGCAGCAGAACGUUCAAUUUGCAGGAAAAAUUGGAUGCUCCAAUUUUCGAGUCGCAUGGAAUGGUCAAGGAAAUGAGAGGCGAAGAACUAAAUGUCGCCUACUUUCAGAAACAUGGUUUCAACACUCCAUUGCUGUUCAAAGACAAGACUGGUCUAGGUAUUAGGGUUCCUUCUUCCAAUUUCUCCAUUAAUGAUGUUCGGGUUAGUGUCGGUUCUAGACGCGUUCUGGACGUAAUGGACGUGAGUACGCAAAAGAACAGCGAAAUGAGCAUGAAGGAAUGGCAAAAAUAUUACGAAGAUAAAAACAAGGGCCAAUUACUCAAUGUUAUAUCGUUAGAAUUUUCACAUACCAAGCUUGAACAUUACGUACAGAGCCCGACUGUAGUAAGGCAAGUAGAUUGGGUGGAUUGCGUAUGGCCUCGGCACUUGAAAGAGAGCCAAACAGAAGCCACGAAUUUAUUAGAGGAUAUGAAGUACCCUAAAGUGCAAAAGUACUGUUUAAUGUCCGUUAAAGGGUGUUAUACAGAUUUCCAUGUAGAUUUUGGAGGAACAUCUGUUUGGUACCACAUUUUAAAAGGUUGUAAAGUGUUUUGGUUGAUUCCCCCCACUGACCAUAAUAUUGAUCUCUAUGAACGCUGGUGUCUUUCUGGCAAGCAAUCAGAUAUAUUUUUUGGUGAUACUGUGGACAAAUGCGCAAGGAUUGUGUUACAUGCGGGAAAUACGUUUUUUAUUCCCACUGGAUGGAUCCACGCUGUUUACACUCCCUUGGAUUCUUUAGUAUUUGGUGGGAAUUUUCUGCACUCGUUUGGCAUAGAAAAACAACUGAGGAUCGCUCAAGUUGAAGACAAUACUAAGGUUCCACAGAAAUUUCGCUACCCAUUUUUUACGGAAAUGCUCUGGUAUGUGCUUGAGCGCUACGUUCACUGCCUUUUAGGAAAUUCUCAUCUGACUACUGGCCAAGACUCUCCCAUACCUCCAGACCGGCCGCAUAUUCAUUUGACUCAAGUCGAACUACAUGGAUUGAAAGAUAUUGUGCGCUACCUUCAUAUGCUGCCUUCAAACCGAAAAAAUCUCCCGGAUUUAAUCAGAGAUCCAAUCGCGCUCAUUCAAGACGUACGAACCUUGAUUGGAUUACAUCGGCAGGAUAUUAGAGAAAUGGCAAUCACCAACAGGCCUAUCUUAUCUCUGCCCCAUGAUGAUAAGAAGAAAAGCUUCUACAAAAACAACUCCAAUAUAAACUGUGUGAAAACGCCUAAGCCUCCAGGCACUUUCAAGGGACCGAAAACCAGUCCUGGAUCAGCGUCUGGAGAUAAAGGCGGCCCUCGGAGACGUCGAACCAGAUGUAAAAAAUGCUCGGCCUGCCAGAGAGCGGAUUGCGGAGAAUGUACUUUCUGUUUGGAUAUGGUGAAAUUUGGAGGGCCUGGUCGCGCCAAACAAACCUGCAAUAUGAGACAGUGUUUGCAACCGAUGCUGCCAGUUACAGCUGCGUGUGCGAGAUGUGGCUUGGACGGUUGGAUGCAAACCCCGGUGGCACCCCUACAGAAAGGACCCCAAAGAUGUGAUACUGCCAGCACACUUAUGGAAUGUUCGGUGUGUUAUGAAAUCGCCCAUCCUCAGUGCGUGCAGCGGCUUUGUCAAGACUUCAACGGUUACAUUAACGAAGACUUGCCCAAUUCCUGGGAAUGUCCCUUGUGUUGUAAACUGGGCAAAAAUACGGACUAUCGACCUCGUCAUUUUCGAGCCAGGCAAAAGUCAUCGGAUAUAAGAAGAAUCAGCAUCAGUUCGGACGCCUCCAGUGCGUUUGAGAACAAAGUGCAACCGGAACAUUCGGAUUCGGGCAGCGAAAACGAUCAAAAAGAUACUAAAUUGCAGGAAUUAUUGCCAAUAAAAAAGCGAAGAUCGAGUGAUAACUCUGAAAUAGAAACCAAGACUGUCCCUAUUCCCUCAUCCAAUGAUAGCCACCGAAAGACUGCGUUUAGAAUGCAUCUUGCCCACCAAAUUGCAAGUAAUAGUACAAAGGUUCUAAAGAAACCAAUUGUAGUAGUAAGACCGGCGCCCCUGAUGAUGCUGAACCCAAUAGUACCUACGAAUAAUUUAGUUUUAGAUAAGCGAGUCAUUAUAAGUAUUUUCAAAUACUUAACGCCCAAAGAACUACUCGACUGUGCACUAGUAUGUAAAACGUGGGCUACAUAUUCAAUCGACCCAUCUUUAUGGAAACGGAUGGAAUUCGAUCACAAGAAGAUCUCGAGCGACAUGCUGAAAGGCACAGUGCGUCGACAGCCUGAAAUUCUGAGCCUGAAUUGGUGCAGAAUAAACCACUUUCAGCUGCCUUGGUUGAUUCAGAGGUUGAACAAUCUGAAGCAGUUGUACCUGCAAAGCAUAGAUGUGAAAAGUGCCAUUUCGUUGCGAACAAAUCAUUCCGCCGUACUGCAAGUACUGGAUUUGAGCUUUAUUUCCGAUUUUAAUGAUUCGGCAUUAAGAGAAAUUUUAGGUACAAACAACGACUCACGUUCUGGGCUAGCAGGAGACAAAAUUCGUUUCCGAAACUUGAAAACAUUGAGGCUUUCAGGCACUGAUAUUACCGACAUAGCGAUGCGCUACGUUAUUCAGUACUUACCUAACAUUCAGCACUUAAGCCUCAGUAUGUGUCCGCGGAUAUCCGAUGCAGGAAUCGCUCAGCUGAGCACAAAACCAGCCAACACUGUCACAAACUUGACCAGUUUGGACUUGAGCCAUGCAAAAUUGGUUACAGAGGCCAGUUUGGAUCAUCUGGCAAAAUGUGAGAAAUUGAUAAGACUGGAUUGCAGGCAAGCAUUAAGUAUCUCAACUCAAGCGCUGAUCAAAUUCGCUGCGAAAAGCAAGCACGACUUGCAGGUGCGUGAAAUUAAGCUGGUGGACGUUAGGCAAAAACCUGUAUAGUAGGCAUAAUUGGAGUCUAGCUAGUUGCGAAAGUGGAUUCUCCACUCCAUAACAAAGUGUGUUUUAUUAGCUGCCUUUUAUAUAAAGUAAGUAAAAGUUUCGAGCGGUAGAUUUGAGCCUAAAAUCAAAUUGAUUUACCUCAAAAUAUUUAACUACACGAUGCUGUUUUUUGCAUCUUAAAUAACGCUGAUAGUUUUAUAAGAACAUUUACAAUCUCGCGAGUUUCUUAAGGACCUCACUCUGAAAGGCAAUAGCUUACUUUUUACGUAUUAUCUAUAUUUGUGUGCCCAGCCAAUCGAAACUAUUACUGAAGCAAAUGGUUAAUUAAAGCUCAUGGGGCUUAGGAUUGACAAACGAACCGAAUUUGUGAGUUUCCGCUCUCAGUUUUCCCGGAAAAUUGAUUUUUGCAACUGGCACACUGUUCUAAACCUCUGAAAGUACCAAUCGAUAAUGUUUAUUAUAAACUGCUCAACAAAAUAGAUGAUAUAGCUGAUAGUUAUUUAGUGCAAUUAUUUAUCGCUUAGUGUCUGUUUUUGCAAAAGACUAGAGUUUCAGAUAGAAGAUGGAAGUUUCUACAGGGUGGAAAAUGAAACUGCAAAAUUGGUGAAAGUUUCACAUGCUCCCAAAUUACGUUUCUUUUUAUUUCAACACCAUCGGCAUUCAGCUAGACUGUAUGCAUAGCUCUAAAAAAGGUUUUACAUUUUUUGACCAUCUCGUUUAUUUACAGUGGUUUCAAGAAAUUUAACUUUUUGGACUUGCAUUGAUAUCGAAAUCGGUUCAAGCGAAAAAAAUACAUUUUUUUGCUUGGACCGAUUUAGAAAAUUUGGGGCCCGUGUUGAAGUUGUUUGCAUACGAAAUGUUUGAAAGUAAGCUUCAAUUUAGUUGAAAGGUUGCAAGAAUCGCAGAUUUAUGGGGCAAUUGUGAGUUGAGUCGCUUUUUGUGCCACCCAGUUUUAACUUCAACAUGUGCUCAAGAUUGUGAAAAUCGAUUCGAGAGAAAAGGUCGAUUUUUUUGAGACGUUUCAAUCUAUUCGCUUUAUCUAUAAUUGUUUGACGUUGAGAGCCAGAAAAUUACUUUUUUGUCCAACUAGGAGCACGUUGAAUUUUCCUCAAUUUUCCUUUUUUUCAUUUGCCACCCUGAUUUUAUUUACCUGAGGGGGUUAACUUUGGCCAGAACAUUGACGAACAAAAAUCAAAUGGGGCUAAAUAAGGCUUCACUCAGAAACAAAAUCGCUUAAAGCAAUCAGAAUUUAUCCACGUCCAAAGUUAGGGAAAAUUUGGCUGGAAACGUUCAUUUUGUUGAGCUGUUGAUGCGAAUCGAAUGCGAUCGAAAACUCGUGUUUUUCUUCCAAAUUCUAAAAAAUUAUUAUUGGUAAUGCAUGAGACAGUGGCACAUUAGUUCUCAAUAAAAAAUCUGAACUUGCUUCGUAUGAGGAAAAAUGAUCAACUGUAAAAAUUGCAAUUGCAAAAGCCAGUUAGUCGGAAAAUUGGGAUAAAACUUGCAUGAAUUUUGGGUAAUUGGCAUUGUAAUAUAUCUAAAAUUAUAUUAGCAAAUACAGUAUUCUAAAUAUAUCAAAAAUUGAUCAUUCGUAACAAGCAACCAAAGUAGGCAGUAAUUCGUUUUUCACCGAAGAAAUGAAUCGCCAUGUAGAUGUAAAUAUUAUUGUGAUUUUUAAAUAAAUAAUUUAGAUCAAUAAGAUAUUUAACUUUAACGUAGAAUGUUUCUUGUUUUUAGUUGGGAUGAAAGUUUUAUUUAAAAAAAAUCACUUAUAGACUAUGCUUAUUGCAUAAUUGAAACACUUUUAAUAGAUACACUUUAUACCUCUUUAAAAAAUUUCGCGCUUCUAAGUCUGUUCAGAACUUUUUUAUACAGUUUCGUUAAUUGUAAUGACUUCUAUAUCUAUUCAUGUCAUGGUCUUAGAACAACAACUUUUACAUAAUGUGACCGUAGAGCUCGCCUAUUGAUUAGAUUUUUUGGAACAAUUGAUACGUUUUGUUGAAAAUAAAUCACUUGAAUAGUAUACAUAUUAAACAAAGGUAUAUCGACAAACUAAUUUUGUUGAACGUGAGUUCAACGGGUUUAUUCUUUUAAUAAACCGGAGUGCAAUUUAUUGAAGAAUACCUUAUGUAAAAGUAUUGCAACCCAUAGUAUAUCUUUUGUUUUUAUAAGAUUUAUAGAGUGAUAUAAUAAAAUUUUUGUACAAUGUA